GCGCAGUUUGCGGCGGUUCCAUCGUUCUAGCAAUUCAUGUUCUGCUGUGUUGAUGGGGGUCGUCGUGGUCGCUCUGAUGAAGCUGCAGCUGGUUUCUUCUGCUGCUGCUCCUCGAACGUGAUACAUAAACAUAAGACAACGUAUCUUCGCUGCCGCCACCACCAGCGCUAGUAUUGUUACUGCGGCCACGGUAGGCUUUUCUGUUGAACUCAGCGCAGCCGUAACCCUGUUUCUUCCAUGGAACAGAAUCCUUCACCGAACUCGAACAUUGAUAAGGCCGCCGAGUGAAGUUAUCAAGAAAUGCAAGAAAGUAAUAGGUUUAUUAUUUCCCAACAGGCAUCGCCAAAUAUCAAUGUUUUUGGAGAGACAAAAGAGAUUGAAUUCUCUCUUUGAGCGUGGAGCAAACUGGAUGUGGUCAUCAAAGCAUUUCAUAAUACUAAUAGCACUACAGACAUAUAUCGAUCCAUAGAAAUACCCAAACAAUGCUAUACUGUGUUCUUGCUAUGGAUGACAACUGAUUCUGACGAAGAUAGGGCCCCCCAAAAAAUGUAAAAAAAUAAACAGUUACGUGGUAGUCAACAGGGAACGCUGGCGGUCUACGCAAGGUUCGUUCUACAAAGUCAACCUAUAGUCUGCAGCCCCUAGAAGUAACCGUCUACAGAUAAAAUGAUCCAGCAUCUUGAAGAAACCACUUGAUUUACCAGUUUGCUUUCACGCGGCUUACGUAUCGUAUAAUAAAGAGUCGAAAAAAAAAGAUGGCUUUCAGACGACUAUAGCUUACCAGUGUGGGAGGCGAUCACUUCUGUGCAAUUGUGACGCAGUGUGAGGUUGUUUGGAAAAAAAAUUACUGCCGAUCGGUGAAAAACGUCGUCCAUCAAUCGCUGAUACUUGCAACGGCGGCAACGGUGAUGGAAUAAAGAUUGUUGGACUGGUAGCGGACGUGGCUUUGAAACGGCGGUAGGAAGGCAACGCUAACGACGAUCAAAGGGCGCUCGUGGCCAGAACUGCUGGUACUGCGUACGACGGCUGGGAUAUGUCGAAUCCAAGUUGGUGUAAAGUGUUUCACAACUAUGGCGACCUCAUGCUUACCUGGCUGGAGGAACUAUGCUGGCGGGCGGGGUCAUCCACCCGUGACCAGAUGGUGCUACUAGAAAGUAACGACGGCGCCCAAUUUCGUUGCCACCAGUGGGUUUUGGCACGGUGGUCUCCAUUUUUUGAAGCUCUAUUUUCACGCGCUUUUGCAGAGAGCCGGCAUGCUCGAGCCAAACUUGAGAAUGUCGACGGUGAGGCGCUAGAAGGCAUCUUAAACUAUUUUCUACAUGGCAGGUUUACUGUGAGCGCGGAUAAUUGUCUGCGCCUUCUGUUUGCAGUGGAGUACCUUCUAUUAGAGAACCUUGCGGAUUUUGUGACGUCUUUUAUUGAAGAGAAUCUUCAAGACGUCCUCAAGUCGGAGGAGUUCUCACGUCUAGAACUUGAACAACUCUGGAAACUUGUGCCGGCUAUAGCUCGAGGAUGCUGCCUUGAUAAGGAACUGGGGCUAGAAACUGUGGUAUUAUACUUGCAAUGUUGGAAGCUCGGCCAGCCAGGAUCGAAACAGCCGACGAUCUGUGACGAUGUACGCGCUCUCAUCAGCGAGCUGGAGAACAGCUUGGAACGAUUAGGACGCGCGCCCGAAACGGCCUAUGCAAUCUACAAGCACUCGCCCAAUUGCGUUACGAAGUUAUUUGAAGACCAGAAACAACCUACACGGCAGUCGGGUAGCCUUAACGAUCUUUACGGAUUUGGCGGGGAGUUUGGUGGUCCUCCGGCGAAAAUGACUGCGGGCCAACUCAUGCGUGCUCACUCCACAAGUGAGCUCCUGAGCAGUCAAGAUGAAUGGAUGUUCCAGCUCCGAUCGCUCAUUUCUGAGGGUACCACACUUAUGCGCCAACUAUCGAAUCAGGAGUUGCAACUGCCGCACGACAUCCCCCAUGAGUGUAUUCGUUAUCUGGCCGUCGUCCCAAACCGGUACGCGCUUGUCUUAACCGACACUCGCCGACUUCACCUCUGCCCAUGGAACAGUAAUGGGCGAGGUUCAAGUCAACUUGUCGAGGCUCAAUGUGAUAGUCUACUUCAGUGCGGUCGGGAUAUCUAUGCUGUGCUACAACAGCAUCACGUAGCGCUUUGGAACUGCCAGUUGAAAAUGUUCGAGCUCGUCUACUCAUUGAGUGAACACGUCAUCCACGAUAUCUCGUGGUACCGUUCCCACCGAACUGGUUCCACACUCGCGUUACUGAUCGCCCAUCGAGCUUUUCCGUGCAAUCUCGAAUUGCUCUGCCUCGACUUCGAUCAGGUGGUGGGUCAAUUCAAGCAACCCCCAGUGCGGUUUCAUCCAGCGCUUACGAACUGUAAGCUUUUCAACCCGCGAGUCGUCGCCCUCAGUGAACGAGUACUCAUUCUCUACGAACAAGGAGACGCCGAUAAGGUAUUUGUAGUGACAAUCGGAGCUCAAGAAUGUAAGAAAGCCAAGUGCAAGCUCGGGAUCAGCAACAACCUGUAUCUCAACGACCAGCUAUUCUUUUACACGGCCGAAAACUCAAUGCUUUACAAAAUCCAAUACAACUUUAAGGAUUUCGAUUGCGAGGAGUGUGGCGAGUUAGGCAGAGUAAACGCCAUCUGCGUUGCACCCACCUUGCGCUAACCCUAAACAAAAACAGUGGUUGACGUGGAAACACGAGCAGUCUGCCUAACAAUUAUUACUAGAACAGGGUAGGUUAGAUGACGGCGGUUUUCAAGUCGGAUGGCCAAGCUGAUCAAAGAAAUCAAGUAAUACGGUAUUCGUUUUGCAUUUUCAACAAGAUUUCAUUGAGCUACACGUACUAUUGUAAAAUUCUUUUGACCCAUCGAGGAAGUUUGAUUUUCACAGGACAAACCUGCGAUCUGUUUAACUGUUACCUUUGUUGCGUGAAACCAAGCAUGCAUGAAUUAUUAGCAGUUGUCAAGAUGCAGAAGGAACAAGACUGCCUGUCUGAUUAUAGGCAAAUGCGCGCCAAUGCCAAUUCAAUUAAUACAGCAACUUCCAUAUCCUACAAAGAAACACAGACUUACAACGUAUUAUAAAUACAUUGUCAGCCUCAGCUCAAGUAACAUACAACAAUUCAAAUAAAUAUAUAAAUAAAAAGUGAUAAACGCUUAUUUCGUAUGCACACAUAGACGUCUCUUGUUCCAUGAUUUUUGUGGUACCUUGUCAAGCGGGGGAAAUAGGAUUAUUUUUUGACUUACACCGAAAAAAAUAUAAUUGUUUUUAAAAAUAAUGCCAAACAAUUGUACUGGUACUUAAUUUUGUCAAUGUUUAGAUGUGUUUACGGCUGCUGCUGUGUCCUUCUGGGCG